AUGGAAAAAGAAAAUUCUUCCACCGUCACCGAGUUUAUUCUCUUGGGUUUGUCGGAAAAUCCUGAGCAGAAGUCCCCUCUCUCGGCUCUAUUUCUCACUAUAUACCUGGUGACUGUUCUGGGAAACUCUCUGAUCCUCUCCCUCAUAUUCAUGACCCCGGAGCUCCAAACACCUAUGUAUUUCUUCUUGGGGAACCUUUCCUUCGUGGACAGCAGCUUCAUAUCGGUAACUGUCCCUCUCAUGGUGGCUCAUCUUCUCAUGGAGAAGAAAAGCAUCUCGUUUCAAGGCUGCAUGACUCAACUCUUCUUUUUUUUCUUGACGGCCACCAUGGAGUGUUUAGUUUUGGCCAUUAUGGCAUAUGAUCGUCUCAUAGCCAUCAGCAACCCUCUGCGUUACUUAUCUAUAAUAAACAGGAGGACUUGCUUGUGCCUAAUGGGCAGCUCUUGGGUACUAAGUUCUUUGCAUUCCACCCUUCAUACGUCCAUCAUCUCCUCUUUGGAUUACUGUGGGGCCAACAAGAUCAAUGAGCAUUUCUGUGACCUACCUCCAUUGGUAGCACUCUCCUGCUCCAGCACCACUGGCUACGAUAUUCUGGUAUUGACGGAAGGCUCUUUUGUGGCAAUGAGUCCUUUUAUCUUUGUUGUGAUAUCAUAUUUUCACAUUCUUAAAACCAUAUUAAAUAUUCACUCCUCCUCUAGACGCUACCAAGCCUUCUCUACUUGCUCUUCUCACCUGACUUCUGUUGGACUUUACUUUGGAGCAAUAUUUUUUAAUUACUUCUAUCCUUCCUCAUCAGGAUCUGAGUCAGAAGAGCGGCCUCUCUCUGUGAUCUACUCUAUACUCACUCCUCUCCUCAACCCUUUCAUCUACAGCCUGAGGAACCAGCAAGUCAAAAGGGCUCUGAAGAAGGUCACACACCAGAGGUUAUUCCACCAGAAGGGAAUGUAA